AUGAACAAUUUUAAAACUAGCCGCUGGUUCCAUAACUUCUUGAGGGAAGCUUCAAUCGGAAACUCCAACGAACUCCUUUCUGAAGUAAGAUGGCUUUGGUGGCGCGUCGAGGGAAGCGAUUUGUCUCUUCCGACGACCAGUUUGCAUCUACCGAACUUAUCGGUGCUGGAAUUAUCAGGGAGUUGGAACUUCACAGAGGAUUGGGAAGGACGGAGGAGUUCAUUCAUGACGCCAAAGCGGCUACUAGUUCUCGACCUUACAUGGUGCUGGGGUUUAAGACGUACUCCCGAUCUCUCGGCUUUCACGCAGUUGAAGAUCCUCACCUUGAGACAUUGUGAGGGACUGGAGCAUCUCCACCCUUCUAUUGGCAAACUCAAGAGCCUCGUUUCUUUGGAUUUGAGUCUCUGUGGAAGUCUCAAGGAGCUACCAGAGGAAGUGGGCGGAUUAAAAGAUGUAUUAGAUAAAUCUGGUAUUACAGAGAUCCCUACGUCUAUUGGUUCUCUGAGGAAGCUGAAGAAACUGAGCGCCUACCGUUGUAAAUCACUGAGAGAAAUCCCUAGCUCAAUUGGGGAUUUACAGAAUUUGCAAUUUCUGGACGUCAGUUAUUCUCGGCUUGAAAAGCUUCCCAAUGCUAUUGGGGAUCUUUCUUCUCUCCAGCGCCUUGAGCUGCGUCGCUGUCACAAGCUUCGGUCGCUGCCGCGGCUUUCUAGCCUAAUCCACCUAGAAAAACUCCGUCUUUUGGAAUGCUAUCUACUUGAAGACAUCCCCGAGCUUCCCUCGAGACUCUUGAAACUCUCUGUUUGGGAGUGUCAUAAGCUGAUAUUGCUUAAGCUCGACGGAUUGAAGAACUUGGAAACGUUUUCAAUAAAAGGCUGCAGUUCAAUUGAAAGAUUGGACCUUUCACAGUUAAUUCGUCUGAAACGAUUAUGUGCUGAGCAUUGCUAUAACCUAGUUGAAAUUCAGGGCCUUGAAAAUUUGGAGCUCUUGGAGGGCAUAUCUAUAAAUUACUGCGAUUCCAUUGAAAGGCUUCUCUGUCCAAAAUCAGGGUGUUUGAAGAAAUUAGUGGCUGCCUGGUGCAAAAAUCUAGUUGAAAUUCGAGGUCUUGAUGGUGCGAAGUUCUUAGAAGCGUUGACUGUUAUGGGAUGGGUAUCAAUGGAGACUUUGCCAGAUUUGAAUGGAUGUGAGAAGUUACGAUCUCUAAAUCUUCGAAACUGGAGGAAACUUACUCAGCUUCGGGGACUUGAAAAGUUGGAUUUAAUUGAUUUGGAUAUCUCUGGUUGUGACUCAUUGGAAGCAAUACCGAAAUUAUCCGGAACAUGCGUCUUUAGAAAUUAUGAACGAAAGCUAUCGUACGACUCAUGGAGUGAUGAUUCCUCAACAGAGAGUGAUUGAUGUUUCCUCAACAGAGGGUUUUGUACUUUCCUAAAUUGCUAGUCUUACAUAAUUGAAGGAGUGGGGGAGUUGGUCAUAGAUGCUGACAUGAUGCUUCAGCCAAGAUCAAAAUGUAGACCCAAAUGUCAAUUGAAGGCAUUGGUCUUCUAAGGAACUUCAAGUUUCAUACCAGAGCCCAAUCAAAAUGAAGAGGGAUUUUGCAGAGGAAGAAUCAGCAACAGCUGACGACCAUCUUGCGUGCCAACCAUGAAGAGGCUCGUGGGCCAACUGGAUUGUACUGAGGAAGUUUUGAUGCUUGUGAACAUCCAAACAUCUGAUCAAGUCUCAACAGUACAUUCCUAAAUGCUUAGUUGUUUGAUGCAGUUGCUUUCUAAUGAUAUCACUCCCGAUCUCGAUGAGGCUCUGCAGACGGAGGCAUGCACUACCAGUCGUACCGUAACUAUGAAAGACUAACUCGUGUGCUUAUACUAUAGGAGCUGCACAUUUCACCUGAAAAUCAGUAUACAAGGAUGCAUGAUGACAAUCUCCUUGAUUUUCUAUAAGUUUAUUAGUGUGAUAAUAUCCUUUGAAUGUUGUCAUA